GCUACGGAAAGCCAUGAGGUCCGUAAAACCUCUGACUGAUCCUUGUCGCUUUUCCAUUAAGCAGGCACAACUGUCCACAGAGUCAGUAUGAGGAGUAGUAGGUGUCGUCCACAGUGGGGGGGUCUGCUCCUCCUCCUCUCCUGUCUGCUUCAUGUUCACUCUCAGGUGAAUCCUCAGCAGCAGCUGCCACCACCGGUCGCUGGCAGUGCAGAUCACAUGACCGGUCAUGGUCACGGCCGCUUCGACAAGAACAUGGUCCAGGACCAGGAUCACAUUAUGGAACAUUUGGAGGGAGUUAUAGACAAACCGGAGAAAGAAAUGACGCCUCAGGAGCUUCAGCUGCACUACUUUAAGAUGCACGACUAUGACGGCAACAACCUGCUGGAUGGGCUGGAGCUCGCCACGGCCAUCACACAUGUACAUAAAGAGGAGAGUGGACAUUCCAGCCCACCGAUGAAGGAGGAGGAUCUGAUGAAUGUCAUCGACGAUGUCCUGAGAGACGACGACAAAAACAACGACGGUUACAUCGAUUACGCGGAGUUCGCUAAAUCUCUGGAGUAGGAGCGUCACCUAUGAAUGAACACGAUGACUAAAACAACAGCAACUAUAGCAAGAAUCCUGCAGACUGGGAGGGACGGUUUUCAGAAUAUAGAACCAAACUGAGGAGACUUCGGUACAAUCAGUCUGUCAGGGCGGUUUUGUACUCUUGAGUGAACAAUCAUGAGAGUUUUCUUUUGUUAAAUGUCAAAGCAAACAGUGUCCAAACUGGUAAUAUUUGUUCUUUACCAAACUAAAUUUCAAGACUGAAGAAACUUAAGCUUAGUAACAGGAGAAAAAAAAUAUAUAAAAGGAUGCACUUAUUUUACUUUUCCUCCACUUAUAGGGUCAGUUCACCUGUUUUACCAACCUCCCAUGCUAAGGUUUAAGUCCUUUUUUUUGCCUCCAACGCAAUGAAAUGCAGAUUCAUUUACUAUUAUUUUUUUUUAAAUCAGCCACUCAGGAUAAUCCACAGACCCCAGUGCAAGUAGUUUUAGUUCAGAAGUAAAGUAAAACUGCUUCUAAUAAGUUCUGUGGAUUAUCAUAUUGUGUUUCUCAAGAGUAAUUCAGUUUUUUUUCCUGAUGCUUUCAUGUUGUGGAGUGUUGUACCGUAGCCUGUUCUUUCAACCGACACCAAAAAUGUGUAAUCACAGAACCUUCACUUGACUUUAACUGCCGUGUAAACUGUGCAGUGUUGGCGCUGCACUGGAACAGAUGCACUUUCAUCACCGUGAGUUUUCACACUGCAACCAUGUGAUGCUCGACUCAGUGGACCAAAGGAUUCCUUCUGUGAAUCUGUUUCUUUAGCUGUACGUGAUGAGGAUGACGGAUGGAGAAAUCGGUCGUUCUCAUGACAGUGGAAAGUGGCCUUGGUUUCAUGUAUAUCGCCUAUGAAAUAGUGUGUAGAAUAGUUUUGUUUCUUUGUUUUAUUUUUGUUUCAAGCAGAAUAAUGUAAUAUUGAAUGUUGCCGGCAGAGUCUCCACUAGUGGCACAUCACACGCCGGUUUAACGCAGAUCGUAACAGCCGUCUGAGCCAAUCACCGCCGUCUUCACUGUAGUCAAUCAGCAGAUAUCUGACAAAAAUCUGUCCUCAGAGUGAAUGUAAAGUCAUUUUAUCACUGGAUAAGCUGAACUCAAAGCACACCGGUCGGCGUUGAGGUUUCAGGUAAAGCACUGCUUUGCUUCAGAUGGAGAGAAGACGCGUCAGGUCUGUGUGUGUUUGUGUUGAAUCCAUCUGUAACUACUUCCAAAGUACAAUUUUUGUGUGGAUGAAGUUGACAUCUUUGCCAUCCAGUAUUGACUCUUCAAUCCAUUCAGGUUGCUGAAUGAUGGUAUUUAAAAAAAGAAAA